AUGAUAAAAGUGGAGUCAGCUGACCUAACUCUAUGCCCCGAUUGUCUACGGAGCAGCCAGGACGCACAAUUAAGUAAGGCAUUGUCGUGGCUGUUGCGCCACGGGGCACUCAAGGAAGGUUUCUCUCUGAGUCCUGAAGGCUACCUACCUGUGGCACAGAUACUUCAGCAUAAAUCCUUUCGUGGCUACACAUCCUUGGAUAUUGAGCGAGUAGUAUCCAAUAACAACAAGCAGAGGUUCAAACUCCGUACACAUCCGGAGACUAAAAUAUUAGAGAUAAAGGCCACACAAGGACAUAGUUUAGAUGUCAGUGAUUCUGAACUAAUUCCUCUUUCAGAGGUAUGUUUCCAUGUAUUAUAGUGUACAGACAGCAGCUCAUCAAGCUACACAUUGACGGAUUUUGUUCUGUUGCACUAGAGAUAAUAUUCAAAAUUCUAUAGCCUGUUGUGCUGUUGCUGUUGACUGUACAAUAUAAACUGACAAAUGUCAUAUUACAGGUUGAAUAGAUGUGUUGUCUAAACUCAAUCUAAAUCCAACAAAAUAUUGAUUUACCUUUACAGAUUUAACACCACAA